UUUAUUAAAGAAGCUGAGAAAAAUAUGAUUCAUUGGUGCUGGGAUUGCGUUUGGUAGAACGUAGCACUAUUCAGUUCCUUAAAAUGCCAACAUCUACCAACAUUACUAAGGAAGGAUUGAUAUUCCUUGUGGUGUUCCUACAUCUUAUCAUCAUACUCAGAGCGGAACAAUCACAUGGCGCUUUCCAUCUUCCGGAACCUGGAACAUGCGGAGUGAGUCUUGCGGACCGUAUCAGAGGAGGAAAUAAAACGGCCCUCAAUGCAUACCCUUGGGCUGCACUGUUUGGCGUGAAAUUCGUUGGAGACACAACCGGUCGGAUACAAUUCAUUUGUGGAGCAUCUCUCAUUUCGGAUCGAUAUGUCCUAACGGCGGGACACUGUUUCAAAAGCAUCGUUCCAGAAGAGCACAGAGUGGUGAUCCGUCUGGGCGAGUGGGACAUUGAAAGCGAGCCGGAUUGCGUCGAGGAAUUUUGCUCCGAUAAAGCGGAGGAUUACGAGAUUGAAACCUACCGACGGCACGAGAACUAUACAUCGGACCCUACUCACAAUGACUUGGCGCUAAUCAAGCUGCCUCGCAAAGUCAGCUUCACGGAGUUCGUUUCCCCUGUGUGUCUUCCACUGUCCGAGCAGUUGCGCAACCAAUCCGAAGUAGGGAAAAUAUUCACCGCCGUCGGAUGGGGAACCACCGACAGGGAAGUGGGAAAGCCUGGAUUUUACAAAAGUCGCUUCAAGUUGGAGGUCGAUUUGCCCGGAGUCUAUUGGGAAGCAUGCCGGGAGCUGGUGCCCAGGCUGUGGCCUUCGGAGUUUUGCGCCGGGAAUGGCACAGACGAGCAAACCUGUAAGGGUGAUUCCGGUGGAGCGGUGGUUGCUCCGGAGAGCGACGGAAAUUGGUACCAGUACGGGAUUGUGAGCUAUGGGUUUGCUUGUGGAGUUGGACCAUUCAGUAUGUACGCGAGGGUUAGCAGCUUUUUACCGUGGAUAAUGGAAAAUUUGAGUGAGAUGGAUAAGGACACCGAUGCUUGAAACUAUCGUCCUAGAAAAUGAAUAGGUGAUUCUUUUUUUUAUCUUUAUUAACGAGACUUUCAGCCCUGGGCUGGCUCGUCUCGGAGGUGAUUCUUGUAUAUAAGUUAUUAUGGUAAUGGUAAAGGGUAAACAGAUCACUAGAAAGCGUUUUUGUAUGAAAAAAUCUUCUGGCUUUUUUAGUAUGAGCUAUAUUAAAAUGGGUUAUUUGCAUUGUCCAACGUUUCGACCUGUUAACCCA